CCCGUGCGCGCGCCGGAGGGAGACGUUGUGUGGCGCGCCCGGCGGGGAGUCUGUCCCGCUGCUGGCGGCGCGGCGGGGAGGCCGGGCCCGGCCUUAGACGUGCGAGACCGACCGGCCGGCUCCUGGGCUCCGAAGCCGGAGAGCGAGCGCGCCAAGAGCAGACAACUAUGGCUGCAGGAGUCUUGCCGCAGAAUGAGAAGCCAUAUUCCACUUUGGUGAAUAACAGUGGGCAUGCCGCUCUAAACAUGGAUGAAAAUUCCGAACGCCCAACACCAAAGUACACAAAGGUGGGAGAACGUUUACGGCAUGUCAUCCCUGGACACAUGGCAUGUUCCAUGGCAUGUGGUGGGAGAGCAUGUAAGUAUGAGAACCCUGCACGCUGGAGUGAGCAGGAGCAAGCCAUAAAGGGAGUGUACUCCUCCUGGGUCACCGACAGUAUCCUGGCCAUGGCUCGCCCGUCCUCUGAGCUGCUGGAGAAGUAUCACAUCAUCGAGCAGUUCCUCGGUCACGGCAUAAAAACAAUCAUCAACCUUCAGCGCCCUGGUGAGCAUGCCAGCUGUGGGAACUCGCUGGAACAAGAGAGUGGUUUCACGUACCUUCCUGAAGCCUUCAUGGAGGCCGGCAUUUAUUUCUACAACUUCGGAUGGAAGGAUUAUGGCGUAGCAUCCCUCACUGCCAUCUUAGACAUGGUAAAAGUGAUGACAUUUGCCUUACAGGAAGGAAAAGUAGCUGUCCACUGCCACGCAGGGCUUGGGCGAACAGGUGUUCUAAUAGCAUGUUACUUAGUUUUUGCAACAAGAAUGACUGCUGACCAAGCAAUUAUAUUUGUGCGAGCAAAACGCCCCAAUUCCAUACAAACCAGAGGGCAGCUGCUUUGUGUACGGGAAUUCACUCAGUUUCUGGCUCCACUCCGAAAUAUUUUCUCUUGCUGUGAUCCCAAAGCACAUGCCGUUACCCUAGCCCAGUACCUGAUUCGCCAGCGUCAUCUGCUUCAUGGUUACGAGGCCCGACUUCUAAAACAUGUGCCAAAGAUCAUCCACCUGGUCUGCAAGCUCCUGCUCGACCUGGCUGAGAACAGGCCAGUCGUCAUGAAGAGCAUGAUAGAAGGACCUGGACUCUCUGCUGAAAUUGAAAAGACUGUGUCGGAGAUGGUUACGAUGCAACUGGAUCAAGAGUUACUGAGGCAGAGCAGUGACGCACCUGACCCGUUUCAACCCCCUGCAGUGGCGGCCGAGUUCGAGGACCAGGAUGUGAGCCUUUCUAAUGAGCAUGACCUUGACCCCCUCUGGAAGAGGAGGAAUGCUGAGAGUCUUCAGCCCCUAACACAUCUGAAAAGGCAGCUCAGCUACAGUGACUCAGACUUAAAAAGGGCCAAAGCUAUCCUGGAGCAAGGGGAGACACCUUGGACAGUACCUGCCCAGGACUUGCUAGACCACAGCCUCCAGCAUCAGAAGCAUAUCAGCCAUUGUUACAUGUCACCGAAUCCAGAGCUAGGUUUAAAUAAGGAAGCAUUGGUUCACAGUACAUUUUCUUUCUGGACUCAUUCAAAGUGUGGAGGCUUAGAAGGACUCAAGGAUGAGGGAUCACCACUUUUCUGUAGGAAGGACAUUCCAAAGGAAGUACAGCGGAGCAGAACCUUCUCUGUGGGUGUUUCCUGUUCACACAAUCCUGGAGAACCAGUGCCACCCAACUUUGCAAGUAUCCCUAGGGGUCCAGAGCAAGUCACUCACUGUCGGGGUGAAGCUCCUGGUGGUUGGGUUCCAGGCUCUGUUCAGGGGGAAGGGAGGACUCCCUGCAGCCCUCUAAACUGUGGCUCCUCCAGUCCUAAGGCACAGUUCCCACAUGGACAGAAAAUCCAAGACAGCACAUACCUGUCGGAAGCAAUGCCACAUGCUGGUUUGCAGUCUGAACUGAGCGCUGAAGCAAGGAGAAUAUUGGCAGCCAAAGCCCUUGCAAAUUUAAAUGAGUUUGUGGAAAAGGAGGAAGUGAAAAGGAAAGUGGAAAUGUGGCAGAAAGAAUUGAAUUCCCGAGAGGGAGCCUGGGAAAGAAUAUGUGGUGAGAGAGACCCUUUCAUCUUGUGCAGUUUGAUGUGGUCUUGGGUGGAGCAACUGAAAGAGCCUGUAAUCACCAAAGAGGAUGUGGACAUGUUGGUUGACAGACAAGCAGAUGCUGGUGAUGCCCUGUUUUUACUAGAAAAGGGUCAGUACCAGACCAUCCUCUGUGUGUUGCAUUGUAUAGUGAGCCUGCAGACACUUCCUGUGGAGGUGGAGGAAGCGUGCCUUUCACAUGCCGUCAAAGCUUUCACCAAGGUUAAUUUUGACUCUGAAAAUGGACCAAUAGUUUACAACACCCUGAAGAAGAUAUUUAAGCACACAUUGGAAGAGAAAAGAAAAAUGGCAAAAGACAGCCCUAGGCCUGGCCUCGCCUGAAGCUUCCUUCUCUGGACAAGUAUCCGUCCUAAGGGUCCAUCCCACCUAAGGGUGGCGCUUCUGCUCCCAUGUGGACGUGGCAUGCUGGCACUGCCCUUCCUUGCCACACUUCGUUGUCAACGCUGUGUCUCUUGUGCUGAGAAUAGUGGUUCCUUUUUAGAGUAGUUAUUUAUUUUAAAAUAUCCUUGAGCUGUGUCUUGAAAAUUUGCCAUAAAGUUGGUGCCACUUUAUUUAUUUACUGAAUUAAUAUAGUUGUACUGACAUUUUAUGUAUAUUUGUGUCCUUACUCUUUUUGACAUUUUGAAGGAAAAAAAAUAACUCUUCCUUCCAAAACAGAUAUUUUCUUAACAGAACUCUUCCUGGAGUUUCUACCAAAUAGAUCAUUUUAGCAGUAAAACCUUACUAUAUAUCCCCCCCCCACAAGGCAUAUAUGUGUCCCCUUCAUCAGAACUAUGACCUAAGAAAGUCACCAAGUGUCUUAAAAUGUUUUAUAUUUGUUACUAAGAAGGCUAUUAAUACAUUUUAAAGAACUUUAAAAAACUUUGAAGUUUUUUUGUUUUCUUUUCUCUUUUUACAGAUGUGGCAAAGCCUUUCAAAGUCUGUUAUUUUUCAACGAUCCAACGAUUCAGUUUUCUUUAAUAGACUGACUGGAGAGGUUGGGACUUGGUACUUGUGGAAAGUAGCCCUGCUCUUUGUCAGGCGUCCAGACACCCUCUCCCUUGGUUGUCCGAGGAGGGAGCCGCUCUCAACCCAGAAGCCUUAUUUCACUUCCCCAGCCUGCUGCUCAGCCAGUUCACUUCUUUUCAGAGAAGUGGGAUCAGAAGCGACCACUGGGGGCAGUUGCUAAGGAGCAGAACUGGCCUUUGUCCUCCCAGGGACUGUGCAGAAGGGACUGCAGCUCUGGGAGAAGGCUCCUCGCCAACCCUGCUCUCUUGUGGCACUGUGACCAUUUUGACAGGGAGCUCAGACCUGGAGUAGUGGAAUUGCUGGCUGUCCCCCCGCCCCAGCCCACUGUCUGCCCCAGGAGUGGUGGCAUUGCUGCCUGCCCCCCCCCCAGCCCACUGUCUGCCCCAGGAGUGGUGGCAUUGCUGCCUGCCCCCCCCCAGCCCACUGUCUGCCCCAGGAGUGGUGGCAUUGCUGCCUGUCCCCCUCCCCCAGCCCACUGUCUGCCCCAGGAGUGGUGGCAUUGCUGCCUGUCCCCCCCCCCACCCCUGCCCUUUUAUAAACCCAUUUGCCUCGGCCUCUGAUACUAGCUGCAGUUUUGUUGUGAGGAUUAUAAUUUUUAAAUUGAAUUUGACCCCAGGUUGAAUUCACCUUAACUGGCUUCAAAUGAGAACAGAUGACUGUUUAAACUUGUUCCUUUAAUCUAUUAAUCAGCAAUUGAAGCCUAACUUAUUUAAAUUAAUAUACAGGAACUGCAAAACCCAUGCCAUAAAGAGAAUCAGACCAAUUCAAGCUAAAGAAGUAACUCUUGGCAUCUCAGAAUUUUAGGAAAGACACAAGACUGAAUUAGAACAACUGAAAUUUCCCUAAUUUGUGCCUUGCUGAAUUACACUCUAGUAUAUCAGAAACUGUUUUAAUCAUUAUUCUUACAACUCUGAUGGCAAAGGCUAAGUGCAGGCCUCUUCACCCUGAAGUGUCUUCAGGGGAAAUAAAAUAUGAUAGUUGUUAAUAAACUGGCUCACCCCGUGUAGAGAUACCUUUUCAAGUGCCUAGCUAGCAGCAGGAAAUACCUUCAUUCUGUCUCCUUGGUACAUUCUCAAAUCUGGAGUUCAAAGAGUGUUUGUCCUCAUCUAUGUCAGCCUCGAAUGGGCAAGCGACACCAUGGAACUUCACCACCCUCCCUUCUCAAAGCCAGCUGCGCCUGUGCAUCUGGAGCGCUUGUUGUAAGUUCUAGAACAGUCAUGUGAUCACGCCACUGCAUGUCAGAGAAUCGAAAUACACCAGCCUGAGAAGACACAAUCAGGCUCUGUACGGGUGUUGUGUUUAUUUGAAUAAAGAUGAGAAGAACAA